AUGGCUGAAGGCGCAGGAGGUAUCGACCGCAAGGCGGAUGAGAGGAUGGAAUUCUCCACCUCAAAGGAGGUGACGGUCCACCCGACCUUCGAAGCCAUGUCUCUCAAAGAGAACUUGCUUCGUGGCAUUUACGCCUACGGCUAUGAGGCACCGUCGGCUGUCCAGUCUCGUGCCAUUGUUCAGGUCUGCAAAGGUCGCGACACCAUCGCGCAGGCCCAGUCGGGCACAGGCAAGACGGCAACAUUUUCCAUUAGCAUGCUGCAGGUCAUCGACACCGCUGUUCGCGAGACACAGGCUCUCGUUCUGUCACCCACCCGAGAACUGGCAACCCAGAUCCAGAGUGUCGUCAUGGCGCUGGGAGAUUACAUGAACGUCCAAUGCCACGCGUGCAUCGGAGGCACCAACGUUGGCGAAGAUAUUCGGAAGCUCGACUAUGGUCAGCACAUCGUGUCCGGCACACCUGGGCGUGUUGCCGACAUGAUCCGAAGACGCCACCUACGCACGCGACACAUCAAGAUGCUAGUGCUGGACGAAGCCGACGAGCUGCUCAACAAGGGCUUCCGAGAGCAAAUUUACGACGUGUACAGGUACCUGCCUCCGGCGACACAGGUCGUCGUUGUCAGUGCCACGUUGCCGUACGACGUGCUCGACAUGACGACCAAGUUCAUGACGGACCCCGUUCGCAUCCUCGUCAAGCGUGACGAGUUGACGCUCGAAGGCCUCAAGCAAUACUUUAUUGCCGUCGAGAAGGAGGACUGGAAGUUUGAUACCCUCUGCGACCUAUACGACACCCUCACCAUCACACAAGCUGUCAUCUUCUGCAACACCCGCCGCAAGGUCGAUUGGCUCACCGACAAGAUGCGCGAGGCAAACUUUACCGUCAGCAGCAUGCACGGCGACAUGCCUCAAAAGGAGCGAGACAGCAUCAUGCAGGACUUUCGGCAGGGAAACAGCCGUGUGUUGAUCUCGACGGAUGUGUGGGCUCGCGGCAUCGAUGUGCAACAAGUCAGCUUGGUUAUCAACUACGACUUGCCUAGUAACCGAGAGAAUUACAUCCACCGCAUCGGACGAAGUGGCCGAUUCGGCCGCAAAGGUGUUGCCAUCAACUUUGUCACAACCGAGGACGUUCGCAUCCUUCGCGAUAUUGAGCUGUAUUACUCGACGCAAAUCGACGAGAUGCCCAUGAACGUGGCUGAUCUCAUCGCUUGA